AUGCUGCUCCGGAUGAAAUUGAGGUUGGCCCAGGACAACCAGCUGAAACGUGAGCAGCGACGCCGGGCGCAGGCGCUGGCGGCGAGGGCGUCGGCGGCACCGGCGGUGUCAACGUCCGCGCUGCUCGAGAGGCAGGAGGCAAAGGUGUUGUCCUCUAGCACGCCUCCGGCGCAGCCGCAGUCGCUCGUUCCGGACAGCAGCAAGGUCGACGCGAUGGAAAUAUGGAUGGAGAGCGUGCUGCUGCCGGCGGAGAGCGUGGUCGAGGGGGGGGGCGCCCCAGAGGCUGUGGUGGCCACCGUCUCGCCCGAGGUGGACCUGACAGCGGCUCCGGCGGUGGCGGCGGCGGCGGCGGAGGCGGCGGCGGCGGCAGAGGCAGAGGCGGCGGCGGCGGAGGCGGCGGCGGCGUCGCAGGCGGCGGCGGCGGCGGCGGCAGAGGCGGCAGAGGCGGCAGAGGCGGCAGAGGCGGCUGGGAGAGGCCUGGAGGAGUGGAGCGCUGCGGCGCCACAGUCCCCAUCUCUGACGGUGUCGAUGGUCGACGCGUCGCUAUCGCACCGCUCUUCGCUGCUCACCCCGGCCGCGGCGGCGCCGACUGCCGCCGCUGUUGAUGGCGAGGAAGAUGAGCCGCUCACGCCGUUGAAGCGCAAGGCGGCCGUUCUCUCCGAGGUGGCCACCGCCAAAUCCGCGGCGCCGUGGCAGCAGCAGCGGCGUCUCGAGGAGGCGGAGUCACAGCCGCAAGCAGCCACGGCGGUGUCGACGGCAGUGGGUUCAGUCGCGGAGACGGUGGAUGACGCGGCGAUGGCGACGGCGAAAUGGUUUAGGAUAGAGAAGACGCGCAGCUGUCCGGAUCGCCUGCGGCAUCUGCAAUCGCUGGCUGACAAUCGAUCGAAGGUCUUCCGGAGCGCAAUCAGGCCCGUCGGCGAGGGCGGGCUGAUAGCCCUCGUGGAGAUCAAAGGCCGCGCCUUGGGCAUGAGGGCCGCGUGCAAGUUGCUGUGCUGCCCCGAGAACAUCUCUGCGGACGGUGUGCUCGAGAUGACCACAGAGAAACUAUUCAUGGAUGAAUACACGUCCGACGCGUUCGAGCCCUGCCACCGUCGUUUCAACGGCGUUGCCCCAACAGCCUUGCUCCCGACAAAGCGAGACUUGAGUGGCGGCCUUCGGGCGCCACCUCCUUAUCCGCAGGCCGCGCCUCCUCCGCUGCCUCCUCCGCCGCCCGCGCUGCCGCCGCCGCAGCAGGCCGCGCCUCUGCCCGCGCCGCCGCCGCCGCCGCAGACCGCGCCUCCUCCUCCUCCGCCGCCCGCGCCGCCGCCGCCGCCGCAGACCGCGCCUCCUCCUCCUCCGCCGCCCGCGCUGCUGCCGCCGCCGCCGCAACAGGCCGCGCCUCCUCCGCCGCUCCUGCUGCCGCCGCCGUCGCCUUUGGGCGUGUUGGUCAGCUCUUCCCCUCUGCCUUUGCCAGACGUCGGGUCCAGCAUAGACGUAUUCUUCAGAAUCGGCCGCAGGGCGAUGAACGUCGACACAGGCGCGGCGAUCGGUGUGGCGGGGGGCGCCGCGAUCGGCGCACUGGUGGGUGUGGGCGGCGCGGCGGGCGGCGCGGCGGUCGGCACGGCGGUGCCGCCUCCGUCGCAGCCGCCGUCGCAGUCGCAGCAGGCGGCGGAUGGAGCUCUUCCCGCGGCGAGGGAGGUGAGCGGCGCCUCAGAGCUGGACGCGGACGCGCAGGUGGAGGAGUCGCCGUCCCAGUCGGACGCCACGUCGGAGUCGGACGCCUCUUCCGAGUCGGAGGCGGAGCUGGAGGAGGAGGAUCCGGAGGAGGAGGAGGAGGCGGAGACGAAGGAGCCUCCCGAGGCGGAGAGGGCGCUGGAGAGAUGGCGGAAAUUGCAGUAUGAGCAUGAGGACUCGUCGGAGGAGGAGGUGAGCGAUGUAGAGGACGACGAUUGCGCGGCGGGCACGGCGAUGGACGUCGACGGUGUCGAGCCGGCGUCGGCCGACGUGGUGGGGGCGGUGGAGGAGCCGGCAAAGGCAGAGGAUGCGGCACAGCCCCUUGCAGCCGGCGCUGCUGGCCGCGCAGCGCAGUCUUCCGCGCCCCCACCGUCGCCACCGUCGCAGCCGCCGCAGCCACAGCGCCGCCUCUUUCUCGACGACUCGGAGGACGAGGAGGAGGAUACGCCGGAGCCGCAGCCACAGCCGCCGACCGAGCCGGGCGCCACCGCCGUACACGGCUCACCCGGAGUCACUUCUGCAGCCAGCGACGCGAGCCCGCCGCCCGCCAAGCGCGCCCGCGUCGAGGCGGCGGGUCAGCAUUCCCUCACCGCCGAGUUUGCUUCCGAGCCGCUCGAUGAGGCCGCCGCGUCGAGCGCCACGUCGACGCUCGUGGUUGCUGCUGACGAGCUCGACGAGGGCGCCUUCCUCCGGCGCUUCCUCGCCUUCCGUCAGUACGUCGAGAUGCUGCUGCAGUACCUGCCGUCAAAGACGGCGCGCAACAAGCCGUGGCGACUAACGGUCCGGCGCAACCAGCUCUGCCAAGAUGUCGUUGGGCAUUUCUCGCCCGCCAUCAAGGCGGCAGACACCAAGCUCAAGCUCUUCCAGCGCACCGAGGUGACCUUCGUCGAUGUGCACGGCAGCAAGGAGGAGGGGGAGGACCUCGGCGGCCUGACUGUCGAGCUCUACUCUUGCUUCUUCCGUGAGGUGCUGCUCGCGGACUUUGGCCUCUUCGAGGGCGCCGGCGACGAUACGUCGACGAGCAUCGGGCUGCUGCCUUCGCCCACCGCCGACCUGCAGUCGAUGAACAACAUCGGCCGCAUCAUGUGCCGGUGCGUGCUCGACGACCAGCCCCUCGGCCGCGGGCUCGGCCGGUUCGUGUUCGAGUUUCUGGCGGACGCGCACGAGUGGCGCGUCUUCAAGGAUGUGCACUCCGCACUCGCCGUGCUCUCCGACUUCGACCCCGAGCUCUCGCAGCGGUGGGCGCAGCUGCUCGUGCAGCCACCCGCAGGCCUGACGCUCGAUUUGUUCGACCCGGACGCGGCGGAGGAGGAGGUGCCGCCGGAGAGCGCGGCGAUGGAGAGCGCGGUGCUGGCCGGCUGCCGCCACAAGCUGCUCACGAUCCGGGAGGCGAGCCUCCGGGCACUGUGCGACGGCUUCACGGAGACCAUCGACCUCCGGCUGCAGCUCGGCGCGCUCAGCGCCGCAGAGCUGCUGCGCAUGCUGCGCGGAAACACCGAGCUAAGCCGCGAGCAGCUCCUUGGGUGCUUCGCUUGGCCGGACGCGUCGGUCAGCGCCGAGGCGAAGGCGGGCUUCGCGGCCGCCGGCUCCGACGCGCCGCGCUACUUGCGCGAGAUCAUCCUCGACGAGUCACCCGAGACGGGGCUGGGCAGUCUCGCGCGGCUGCACCUCCUCGAGUGGAGCACGGCGCUCACGGCGCUGCCCUGCGGCGGCCUCAAGGACCCGAUCACCCUCAAGCUCUACGAGAGCGCCGACGAGCACGACCUGCCCAACGUGCACACAUGCACGCACGAGGUGCACUUGCCGCCGUAUGCGACCCGUGAACAGCUGCGGGCAAAGUUGCUGCUGGCAGUAGAGCACCGGCACGACGGCUUUCAGAUCGAGUAA